AGUGCAUUAUGAGCUUAAGUUUAUUCGUAUUAUUAUUUUCAACAGAUUCUUACAAGUUGUAAAUGCAUAUUUAAAAGUGUAAAUAGUAAUAAUUAAAUAAUCAUGAACAGCAUUAUAACAAUUAUGACUGUUCUAGAAACUACAUCGCUUGUUACUGGAAACUUUGGAUAUAGUAAACGUGAGCAACAUAUGUGGAUUCAGAAAUUUAAGCCGUGCGGCGGGAAACUGCAGUCUCCCGUAUCCAUUUCAUCGUUCAAAUCGGUACCUCUUCCUUUGCCUGCGCUUGAAGUUAUUGGCUAUCACGAUUAUCUUCCAGGGCCGCUAUACUUAAAAAAUAGUGGUCAUUCGGUUUUAAUGAACAUAAACAACGGUUCAAGGAACAUACAUUUGCCCUAUAUAUUUGGUGCCGCGCUUCAAGCAAAUCAAGAGUUCGAAGUGGAUCAUUUGCAUUUUCACUGGGGUGCAAAAAAUAACAGAGGAUCCGAACAUAUGUUAAACGGUGUCAGGUACCCAAUGGAGAUGCACAUUGUCCAUAGAAAUAAAGCAUAUUUGAAUUUGUCUAAUGCGUUAAAUUACAAAGAUGGUCUUGUGGUUUUAGGAAUCUUUUUCCAAUUGCAGGAAGAAGCUAAUAUGUUGUUGCAUCCCAUUUUAAACGAUUUGAUAGACGUGCAGUGGUUGAAUAAAGAAAUACCAUUAAAAACACCUAUAACACUAGCUUCCCUAUUACCUCGUAGUACGGACGUAUUUUAUACUUAUAAAGGUUCGUUAACUACACCUCCAUGUAGCGAGGUAGUAACGUGGAUAAUUUUCCCAACCCCGGUACCAAUAUCUUUUGCCCAGCUAAGUAAGUUUAGACAACUUUCCAAUGGAGAAGAUGUAUUGGCAGAUAAUUACAGAAAAUUGCAAGAUAUAGGGCGUAGAAAGAUAUAUGUUAGAAGAUUGAAUCAGUUUCUUAUUACAAAGUACAAUGAAACCGUUUUCAAUGUCACGAAUUUGAUGUGGUUUUGGCAAUGA